AUGGCCAUCACACUGGAAUUCAACCGGAUAGAAGGCCAUCCGUACUCAUGGCACAGCGUCCGUCGAAAAGUCGAAUUCGUCACGCAGCAACGUAUCAAGUUUCUAAACGGGAUGGGUGGGAAACGCGGAGAUGACCAGGCAGACGCCGCCUGGAGUGCGGCCGUAGAUGCCUGGGUUCCGGUCUGGAGGCGGUUUCAACAGCAGGAAACAGAGCGGAUAAGCGCGAAGCAAGGGAAGAGAGGACGAAAGAGGAAAUCAAUAGCUGUCGACGCUCCAAACCUCGAUGCUCCAAAUCACCAAACUCCCGCUCCUCAGCCCGCUACGGCACAGCAGCAGCAACAAGCUCAGCCGUCACAGCAACAUACCCCCCAGCAACAGCAAGCCGAAAUACAGCUGCCCAUGGGCUUCGGCACCAUGUUCAACAAUACAGCUACCAACAACGGUGCAGAACAUGCUCACAGCCAUCCCGUCAACACUGGAACUCCCGACCUCCUCGCGCCCGCAACCACCAACCCAUCCUCCUCCUCGCCCCAAACAGACCCCAACAACGUCUCCGCAGCCACCCUCAAAGCCCUCUCACGCCUAAACAAUACCCCCAAAACAGCCAUAUCACGAAACCCAAACCUCUCCCCUUCCACCGCCAUGCUCAUGUCUGCUGCCGAAAACUCCUCUUCCCGUCGCCCGUUCAAUUCUCCCUCUAUCCCGGUCUCCGUCUCCCUAACAGACACCCUCCAGCAACACCAUCCUCACCCGGGCCCUGGCCCUCGCGGCUCCAACGCAGCUAACCCCGGUGUACCCGUCAGCGGCGUUAGCGGAGGCCCCACUGUCAACGGGCACCUGUCAGAUGCAUAUAUCACGGCAUCAGCAGUCGCGAAGUCCGUCUCUGUUUCGACAUUCGAUCAACUCCGCGCCGAGCUGAGGGCUGAGUUCCGCGAGCAGCUAGAGAAAGACCGCAUGCAGCUUGAAGAGAAGAUUGAUUCAGUGCAACGGACUCAGGAGGUGAUUCUCGGCUUGCUCAAUGAGCAGCGGUUCAUGAAGUGA